UGGAGCAGCGCCCCUCGAGCUGCUUUGGCUUUCGAGUUUUCUAAUACAUAAUACGUAUUUAUCUCUCCUGCUGUUUGCAUCAGGAUUCUCAAAAGUGGGGGUUCACGGCAAAGGACGAUUGUGAAAUGUGAAUACAGUUAUCUAAAUAUCGAACUACACAAUCUGUAAUAUCGGAUUCAUUUUAGAAAAUCAUACACUCUACUACUAUAUUUUGUCACUAUGGCUUCACAAACUGAAGAUAUGUCCAGCAAGUUGGCCGGACAAACAAAUUCAGAAACUUCUACAUCGAAAGAGAAUGACACACAGCUUACACAGGAGAACAAUAUCUCCUCUUCAAGCAAUUCGAACUCAUCUUCGUACCAAAACACGUCAACAAAUAAAUCAUUCAGCAAACAGCAAAAAAGAGAGAGAAAACAGUCAAUUGUCAAUCUCCAAGCCAAAACAUACUUAGUACAGCCCCGCGUCAAUCCUGGCGGUGCAGAGUAUAUGAGUCGCUCACAUGUGCAACACAUGCCACCUUCAGCUGCUAUGCAACCAAUGCAACACUACAUUUAUGAGAAUACAGGGAAGCGAACUCGAAUCCUUAUGGUGGCACACGUCCAUGGGCGUCUGAACUAUCUGAACAAUUUGAUUCAAACAACGAAGGCAACGGCGGUAAUCAAUGCUGGCAAUUUCGGUUUCUAUGACGAUGAAUCCUACAAUCGUAUGCGAGUUGGUGAUUUAGAGUCGCGUCUACAGUCGAGCAUGGCAAACUCUCUGUCAUCAGCUGAAUGUGCACGUGCACUUUCUAUGCAAAAUAGUAAUCAAUUGCGUGUAUAUCUCCGACAGCGCAACUUUCUGAGCGAGCUACCCAGUUAUAUUAAUGGUGAUUUGACAUUUCGAGUUCCUGUGUACACUGUCUGGGGUGUAGACGAGGAUAUACGAGUCAUAGAGAAGAUAAGGUCCAAGGAAUACCGCAUUCGAAAUUUAUUCAUCCUUGAUGAGUCUCGAGUGUUCACUGUACCUCAAUCGGAUAUACAAUUGGUAGGCUUGGGUGGUAACCUGGUCUAUCACUGGCUAUUUGACAAUGGUCAAGGACAGGAAAAAGUGAGUGGAGAUGUAGGCAAAAUAUGGGUAACACUGUUGCAAUUGGCUUCAUUAGUGGAUAUGGCAGACAAGUCGCGUGAUCCAACGAUGCUUCGGGUUCUUGUCACUCAUGUGGGUGCUGGCCGAGAACCUUUGAUAGCCCUGCUUGCGCACCGGAUCAAAGCAGACUAUUCUGUGUCAGGCCACUUCCAUUCCCGAUACUGUGUUUCGAUGAACACAUGGGCAGUCAAUGAAUAUGAAGUGUUCUUAAAGCGAUUACAGCAGACGAAGCAAGAAGUCUUAGCGUGUUGGAAAAGCAUCGAGGCUCAUGCUGAGCAGUGUUGUCAGCCACAGGAACUUGUUAACAUCCGGAGUGCAUUGGAGUUGAUUGAGGAAGUGCCAUCAGAAGAAGAGUAUCUCUCACUGUGGAGGGUAUCAUUGCCGGAUAUGGACUCGGGUCAUGCCUUUCUUGGUGUCGGUAUGGGGGACAAAUACACAUUAGACACUUACACUGAAGGUCGGGAUCAUGCUGCUCGAAUCAAGUACAGUCAUAAUAAUGAAAGCAAAAGGAAGGACCAAGCAAAAUCGCGUACCGCCAGGUGACUUUUCGAUACUCGCCAGCAAUUGGGGGACUU